UAUUCUUCUCAUGAUAAGUGAUUAUGGUGAUGAGGUAAUCUUAAAACAAGCUACUAUAACAAUAGGCCUAAUUAAAAGAUUAGUGUACAACAUACAGAGCGGUAUGGUAUGGGUCAUCCCAUACUUAAAGUAGAACAAGAGGGGCGUCUCUCCUAUGUUUCUCUUAAAUCCACGUGGCCACAGUGGGACAUAGUGGUGCUCGAACCCGUUUGUAGGAGAGCAGUUGACUCCACUGUUUGAUGCAGAGGAAAGCAGCUGAACAUUUCACUGUGAAUCUCCGCUACGAAGCCGUCCGUUUGCCUGGUAGAAAGGAGAGAGCGGGUGACAAAAUAACAUUUAAAAGCCAGUAGCCUACUGCCCAUUGCUGACAAGCUGAAUCCCCAAGAUAACGGUUUUUGCUUCCAUCUACAUGCGCUCGCCGGAGAUUUCCCGUGAAUGAUUGUCGAGGGAGAAACCGGCAGAGCGGUCAGUGACCUCAUUAAGUCAACCGACGGAAUGCUCCGUGGCACAGUCGCACCUCCAUCAGCCCGAUAAAAGCCUUGCGGAAGGUUGGCCCCUUGGGAAGGCCCAGACUGCAGCGGGGAAUGCUGGAGCAGGAAUUUUGCCUGUGCGCGCCCCUGUCCGCUAUUCCGGAUUGAUGAUUAAUGAUGGAUUAAAAGCCAGUGAAUCUCCGAAGCAUUGGAAAGACUCAGCAGGCUUUGCUGAGAGAGAAAGAAUUAACACCAAAGGCAUUUUUCUGUUUUUAAUUAUUUCAGAGGAUUCUCACUGCCAGCUACAGGUAUAAACAGGGACUUUCUGCAGCAAGGAUUUGGUGGAUUUAUGUGGGGGAGUGGGGCGGCCUCCAACAGCGGCUUGGCUCUGCAGUGGGUUUUCAUCAGCCUGCAGAGUGGGAAUAUGGACAGCCUGGCGUGAAGGCACCAUGUGAUCUCUCCCUGGUGCUGUCUGUUCCCCAUCACUUCCCUGAGCUCUGUGUCCUCUGCAACACUCUCCCUCCCUCCCUCCAUCCAUCCAUCCAUCCCUCCCUCUCUCCCUCCCUCCCUCGGAGUCUGGCCGUCCGGAGAACUGUGCCGCGCUUCACCGCGCUGUGCCAUCAUGUCUCUGCUCAAGCUGCGGAAAUUCCGGGCCUUGACCCUCCUCUUCUGCAUCAUUACGUUCACCAUGGUGCUGUUCAACUACACCCUCCGCGAUCCGUCGGCGUACUUCUUCAAGUACGCUUUCCGCCUGUCGGACACCGUCUUUCCCAGGGGGCCUUGCAGCUGUCGGCGCUGCGUGGCUGAGACGGAGGACGACCCCUGGUUUGCCGAGAGGUUCAACCAGUCCUUCCACCCGGUGAUGUCCAGGAAGGGCAGUGUGCUCACUGACGACACCUACAGGUGGUGGCAGUGGCUACAGGCUGAGAGGCAGCCAGCCAACUUCACUGAGGUGGUGGACAAGCUCUUCCAGAUCAUUCCGGAUAAGGAGUUCUACGCAGACUCCCGACCGGACCGCUGCCGGACCUGUUCUGUGGUGGGGAACUCUGGGAACCUCAAGGACUCUCACUACGGGCCUCUCAUUGAUGCCAGCGACUUCGUCAUCAGGAUGAACCAGGCUCCCACCGAGGGCUUUGAGAAGGACGUGGGGUACAGGACCACCCACCACCUCAUGUACCCCGAGAGUGCCGUGGACCUGGGCAAUAGCACCUGCCUCAUCCUCAUCCCAUUCAAGACCUUAGAUCUGGAGUGGCUCAUUAGCGCACUGACUACUGGCACCAUCAAAUACACAUAUUUACCUGUCACGGCAAACAUAAAGGCGAACAAAGAUAAGGUGAUGGUGUACAACCCCAGCUUUUUCAAAUAUGUGUACGACACUUGGCUGGAGGGCCAUGGCAGAUACCCAUCCACAGGCUUUCUCGCUCUCAUGUUUGCCAUCCACGUGUGUGAUGAGGUGAAUGUCUAUGGGUUUGGAGCAGACCAUUAUGGCAACUGGCAUCAUUACUGGGAAGACAACCUCUUGGGAGGCGCUUUCCGCCACACUGGCGUCCAUGACGGGGAUUACGAGUACAAUGUUACUGCACUGUUGGCAGACAAACACAAAAUCAAGCUGUUCAAAGGGAGCUGAAGUCUCGCCCCACCAGGGGGGCGAGGGACACACGCCUGGAUUCGACGACGAAGUUGCCCCAUCUCCAUUUUUAACAGUGUAAUCCUCGCAAUGAGACUAACUACGGGCGGAUCGGGUGGGAACAAAUGUAUUUCACAUAGAACUGGUGGUCGUGCUGAGAGAGUUUAUGAUCAAAUAGGAAACACAACUUGACUCGUUUGACGUUAUUUCAAAGGCUUUGCCUGAAGAAUCCAAUUCUGGAAUGUUCUCAAGCACUGUCAUUUCAAAUGCAUUGCUUGAAGGGUCAGAUUCUGGAAUGUUGUUACUCUUCCCUGUGAAACUGCACAUAUCUUGAACCUAGUAAAAAAAAAAAAAAAAAAACUUUAAUCUGUCUGUUGGACACGAACAUGGAAGCUCUCAAAAGAGGACAAAAAAGGACGAGUCUGUCUUUUUCACAAUAGUAUUGAUAUCAAUCAAUGUGUUUAUUUGAAAUGCACCUAGAGCCUGUGUUGGUCACAACUGCAACCACGACUGUGAAAGAGUGGCACGAUUGUGUUGGUUUGCACAUCACUUAAAACAGGGCAGCAGUUCAGGUCUUUCCUUGAGGAAUGUGAACCUGCCCAAUGGAUUGGCAAAGCAGUCCGAGUUCCUCCAGUCUACCCUACUGGCAUGGGCCACUUUUCUCCCUGGACCUGCCUACAAUGUCCAGAUGGCCAUAAGAAUUAUGAGAUGCUCGCUGUGUGUGAGAGAUUGUGUUGAUUGUGUUUGGCACGUCUGUGUGUUUGUUUGUGUGUGUGUGUGUGUGUGUGUUUAUUUGUAUGUGUGUGUGUGUUUAUUUGUAUAUGUGUGUCUGUGUCUGUGUCUGUGUCUGUGUGUGUGUGUGUGUGUGUGUGUGUGUGUGUGUCGGUGUGCCUGCAUGCCAGCUAUCAUGCAUGUCUGUGAUCACCAUAGUGGGUCCAAGGUGUGAGACGAGACCCAUACUGAGAUGGACAGAAUGUCAGUGUGUUGUGCCCACACAACCCCCGGUGUCACCUGGGCUCGAUCGGCUGCCAGUCCACAGCCUUUGUGCGCGGAGAUGAAAUGCAGUCCUUGCCCAGCUCUGGACCAGUUGCCACACUUGCCUAUUACCCAAGCCUGCACCAACACAUCCAAAGCCAUUGUUGAGAUGUGUGCAACAGGACAGUUAUGUAAUGUUUGACAUGAUUUCAGCUGUGUGUCAGAAAUUCUUGCAUUUUCUUACACUAAGUGUGACUGAAGGGGAAGAAUGUACAGUAUACCCAUCCGGUAGGCUACACCACUACUGCCUGCCCUUGAGACCUUGAGUGAAGGCGAAUAUUUGAAGAACCAAAUGUCUGUCUUGGAAAUACUGGACUGAUGAGCACUUAACUAAAUGAAGUGCCUUAUUUCAUUUAGUACUUCUAGUUGUUUUGUAGGCAAGGUUGUACUGUGCCUUUAAAUGUUAUCACCUGUUUUCUAUAUUUCAUAGAAGUGUUUGGCCUUCUUAAAAUGUCAAUGAAGCAUCCUCAUUGAUAUAAUCAUGUCAUACAUAUUUACAAAAUGUUAUUUUAAAGUGUUUGUUUUAAAUAAAAUAUAUUUUCUAACCCCA